CUUGCAGAUUUUCGGGAGCUGCUGCUGCCUGAGCCGAUGGCGUACACCAUAAGCCCAGCACCCUCUGUGCCCGUGGGGCCCCAGUACUGCGUCUGCAAAGUGGAAUUAUCUGUGUGUGGUCAAAAUCUUCUGGACAGAGAUGUGACUUCUAAAUCCGACCCCUUCUGUGUCUUAUUUGUGGAAGUAAAUGGGAAAUGGACAGAGAUGGACAGGACAGAAACAGCCGUGAACAACCUUAACCCAGCCUUCUCCAAGAAGUUCGUCGUCGAUUACCGCUUUGAGGAAGUCCAGAAGCUGAAAUUUGCCUUGUUUGACCAAGACAAGUCAAGCAUGCAGCUUUACGAGCAUGACUUUCUGGGGGAGUUUUCCUGCACCUUGGGAACGAUUGUCUCCAGCAAAAAGAUGACAAGAGCCCUCCUUCUGGGAAAUGGGAAACCUGCUGGAAAGGGAAUGAUUACGAUAGCAGCCCAAGAACUAUCAGAUAAUCGAGUGAUCACUCUCAGCAUGGUUGGCAGAAAGCUGGAUAAAAAGGACUUGUUUGGAAAAUCAGACCCAUUUUUAGAGUUUUACAAACCAGGGGAUGAUGGGAAAUGGAUGCUGGUUCACCGAACAGAGGUGAUUAAAUAUACGCUGGAUCCCGUGUGGAAGCCAUUCACUGUGCCUUUAGUAUCGCUGUGCGAUGGGGAUAUUGAAAAACAGAUCAAGGUUGUGUGUUUUGAUUAUGAUAAUGACGGGGGGCAUGACUUCAUCGGGGAGUUCCAGACCUCUGUGACUAAGAUGUGUGAAGCCCAAGAUGCCUUUGUGGUAGAAUUUGAGUGCAUUAACCCCAAAAAACAGAAGAAGAAACGGAGCUAUAAGAACUCUGGCAUCAUCAUAGUGAAAUCCUGCAAAAUCACCAGAGAUUACUCCUUCCUGGACUACAUCCUUGGGGGCUGCCAGCUAAUGUUUACGGUCGGAAUUGACUUCACGGCAUCCAAUGGGAAUCCCCGGGACCCCACCUCUUUACACUACAUCAACCCCAUGGGAACAAACGAAUACCUUUCAGCCAUUUGGGCUGUGGGGCAGAUCAUCCAGGACUACGACACAGAUAAAAUGUUUCCUGCCUUGGGAUUUGGUGCCCAGUUGCCACCGGACUGGAAGGUUUCUCAUGAGUUCGCCAUUAACUUUAACCCAACCAACCCAUUCUGCCUCGGUGUGGAGGGCAUUGUCCAAGCCUACUCCAGCUGCCUGCCUCACAUACGUUUUUACGGACCGACCAACUUUUCCCCCAUCAUUAACCACGUGGCUCGGUUUGCGGCCCAGGCAACCCAGCAAGAGUCGGCAACACAAUAUUUCAUCCUCUUGAUCAUCACCGACGGCGUUAUCAGUGACAUGGACGAGACGCGACACGCCGUGGUGCAGGCCUCCAAGCUGCCCAUGUCCAUCAUCAUCGUUGGGGUGGGGAACGCAGACUUUGCCGCCAUGGAGUUCCUGGACGGGGAUAACAGAGUGCUCAGAUCCUACACGGGAGAGGAGGCCAUGCGCGACAUCGUCCAGUUUGUGCCAUUCCGCGAGUUCCGCAGCGCACCUAAAGAGACCUUGGCCAAAGCUGUCUUGGCGGAGCUCCCUCAGCAAGUGGUCCAGUAUUUCAAGCAUCAAAACUUGCCGCCCAUCAAUUCGGAGCCUGCCUAGGGCCCAAACCGUCGUGCUUUGCCUGCAUGUGUCCCAUUGAGCUCGUCAGUGAUAGAAGGUUGCAUGUCUCGCGUGGUUUCAAACAAUUUGUUCUUUUCAUUUAACAAAUUGAUUUUAGAAAUGCCAAGCCC